AUGGCGGGUGCAAGAGUAGGUGAUGAAACCGAACCACCAGCCCACAAGAAAAGUAUUAUCUCAUGGACAAGUACCCCCACACAACAUAAGGUGAAGUACUACAUAACAUGUAGUUUCCUCAUUUUUCUGAUACUCAUAGUCCUCUUCAUUUAUGUCUGUUCUUUGGCCAACAUGUCUACCGCAUUUGGAUUACUUGGGAGUAGAGGAUUAGGAAAGGCCAUACAGGAAUCACCACUGAUCAAUGAUCCAAUAUCUGCAGUUAUUGUGGGAAUGCUGGCUACUGUGGUUCUACAGUCAGCUACUACGACUACUAAUAUCUUAGUGACAAUGGUUGCUGCUAAUAUGAUCACUGUACAUGAUGCUAUUCCCGUUAUGAUUGGAAGUGAGCUCGGAUCUUCUCUGGUCAAUGCAAUGGUGUCAUUGGCUUAUUCCGGUAAACCUGAACAAUUCAGAAGAGCUUUCUCGGCUGCAAUACUUGGAGACGUUUUCAAUAUAUGUGGUCUUUUUGUUAUAUUUCCAAUGGAAAUGAUUACUGGAUUGAUUGAAAAAAUAUCCUGGUGGAUUGUAGACCCAUUGAUAUCUGAACAGGGACUCAGUUUCAAAACAUUGGAUUUAUUGACGGAUCCUAUUAAUCAAAUAAUCUUACAGAGAUGCAGUUUCAAUAAUGGAACUCGUAUUUACAACUGCCCAUACAAUCAUCUAUUUGCGAACACUUCUCUCUCGGACAAGAAUAUUGGAUGGAUUGUCUUGUUCAUUUCAAUUUUCUGUUUGGUUAUGUGCCUUGUAGGAAUAGUUUAUCUGAUACAGAAGUUGCUGGACGGUCAUGCUGCGAACUAUGUGAGAAACCUACUUUCCAAGCAGUGUCCCGGAAUGUGGAAACCGUGUACAGGCUACCUUGUGAUGCUUGUGGGACUUGUCGUGACUAUUCUGAUUCAAUCAAACAGCAUAUUCUCGUCUUCUCUGACACCUUUGGUCGGAAGCGGUGUUGUGACAUUAGAACAAAUGUAUCCAUUGGUUCUGGGAAGUAAUAUUGGAACUACAUUCAGUGGAGUACUUGCUGCUUUCUCAACAGAUCCUUCACGAUUUGAAAAAGCGUUGCAUAUGGCUAUGUGCCAAGUCAUUUAUAACAUCAUCGGAACCUGUUUGUUCUACAUUGUGCCAUGCACCAGAAAAUUUCCUGUCUAUCUUUCUAUAAAACUGGGAGAUAUUACAGAUAAAUAUCGCUGGUUCAUAGUGGUAUUCAUCAUUACAUUUUUCCUCAUCAUUCCAUUUACUAUUAUUGGGUUAACUCUACUACCAGACAACGUGAUUGUUAUUGUGUUCAUCAUUCUGCUAGUCAUAGCAAUAAUUUGUUGCUUUAUCUGUGUACUACAGAAUAGUUGCAUAGAAUUCCUUCCAAAAUUCUUACAUAACUGGGACUUCCUUCCAAUAUGGAUGAGAUCGCUUAAGUACUACGAUCCACUUAUGUCAAAGAUUUUCAACAGUUUGCCAUGGAUUGGAGGAUUCUUCAGAAACGGAGGAGCGUAUAAGAAACGUACAGAAAAUAAAGAAAUAACAGAAGAAGAUAUUGAGAAAAAGGUUCAAAAACUGGUUCAACUUAGCGGGCAAACUCAAGUUUAG